UCGGGGUAUGGUGUGUGUGUGUGUGUGUGUGUGUGUGUGUGUGAAUGCUUUUUGAUAACUACCCGAGGUUUGCCCGGUAUGAUGCGUGGGAAUAAUUUUCAAAAGAUUCCCAGGAUGUGUUUUGGAAAAAAAGAUGUGUUUUGGAAAAAAAGAUUCCCAGGAUGUAAUGGUAUGACGUAGUUGUUGUUGUUGUGUUUUUGAGUGACAGCAGCAAGUGGGGGGCCCCCGUUCUGCUAAGCGUGACUAAUAAUUGAACAGGUGUCGUGGUGUUUUUCUCCUCACAAUACUAUAAAAACUGGCCGAGAGCCAUAAUAGUUGUAAAAGUUACUCAUUAUGGACCAGUUUGCGAGCAAUUACAAUACCCCUGCUGGGGGUGAAGCUGAGGUGAUAAACUUAUCGACCGACUCCGAGUACGAGUCUGACACCGAAUCUGCGAGAAGUACGAUGGUUCUCACAGAUUCUGACGAAUCAUCCACAGCGGAGGAUGGUGUUGUUCGCAACACCCCAGAAAAGGACGCGCCAAACUCAGCUGUCGUUCAGGAAAGACCCAGCGUGAUCGUGUGGCGAUCUUUCAGCGGCACAGGUUCAGACGAAUCACUCAGAGCGGGGGCGGUGGAUGAAGUUAUUUGUAUCACCCCUGAAAAAGAUGCGACAAACUCGGCGGCGGUUCAAGAAAGACCCAGCGUGAUCGUUUGCAACGUCACCAACUGUGUCAACUGUAUCACCGCCACGGUCCGCUUGCCGCCGCGACCGGACCAGGAGGAGGAGGAGGAGGAGGAGGAGGAGGAGGAGGAAGAGAUUCCGGGGGUUUGUCAGCCACGACCCGGCGACCGUGUUUGCAACACGCCGAAAGUCGCAGAUUACAGCCCGGUCUCCGAUUACGAGGAGCGAGUUGAUGAGUCGAGAGUUUCUGCUAAUUUGACAUCAACGAUGAGAUCUGUUUUAUUUAACGACAACGCUGUAUCUUUUUUUGAUGACAGGAUACAGAACGACGAAUUUGACCAUGUUGCGACAAACGGAGGUGUAAACUUUCUAAACGUCGAAGAUCCGGUCGAUUUGUUUGAACUUGAAACUUUAGUGGACAGAACUUUUCGCUGCGACUUCAUUCAAUAGAAUGAGUGUCGCUCAGCAAAACGAUACAGGAAUAUUGACCGAAGCUGAGGAUGGAUUACCGUCGCAGAACGAAUGGGAUUUAUCGGAUUUUACCUCACACGCUGACGAUGGAGCGAAUCAGGAUGUUUUUAUGCAGCAUAUCAACGCAUCGACUUUGGGGGAGUUACCACCGCAGAGCGAAGGACACGCGUCACACGUUAACGAUGGAGCAAAUGGGAGCGCUUCGACGGGGUGUGAACGGAGGUGUCAGGCGGCAGACCCUGAAAUUCACGCAGAAGACCUUUCGAUCAGCAGGCCCUCCACAAGCGGGGAGGGGGAUGGGGUGAGGGAGAGACACAGACCCAUGUUUAAUCACAGUGAAUACAAUUAUCAAAUAAAUUUAUCGGAUCUAGGUACAGGUUUGAAUUUAAUUCAGUUCACGCAGGCUCUACACAAUCGAGUAGAUCGUUUGUUACAAAAAGCCAGACAGGUUUCACAAGGGGAUGACAUUAUACAAAUAAGUUUGAAAGGUGAAAGCCUGUUCUCGCCCGUGAUAUUUCAAACUAACGCAGAGGAGCUGAACGCUGAACAUUUUCUGAAUUACGUAGAAUCGGUUGUUCAAUCAAAUAAAAAACUGUUAAGCGACAAAUCACUCCCACUGAACGUUCAGAUAGUGAGAAACUUUCGAGGCGGAAUAGGUUAUUCCAGAAUGAUAAACAGUAUUUUGUCAUCGGAAAUACUUACAAAAAAAAGUAGGCAUUUAGUUAUAUUUUUAAACGCUUACCAAAAUUCCUGCUUCGCGUGUAGUUUGACGGGUGUGAUGAAACCGGGUUUGACCCAAAGCGAAUGUCAAAAGGAAGCUCUAUUACUUUUAAAUCGGUUAAAUAUUUCACCGGAACAUUUAGUUUCAUUUAACGACGUGACUUUAUUCGAACAGUUUUUAAACGUCAAAAUUGUGAUUCUUUACAGAGUAAACAACGGUGGUUCGUUUCAGACUUUCCAAACGCAUGAACAGCCGCACGAGAAGACCUAUUACCUUCUUUUGCUAAACAAUCAUUAUUAUGGUAUUUUGAAUUUAAAAGGUUUUCUCGGUGUUAAACAUGUGUGCAAAGC